AUGGCUCCUACUAGUAUCACCUCUCCGGAUAUUGAGAGCCUCGUGAGGCCUGUCCUCUCCGCCCUGCCAGGAGCGUCUGCGUCGACCGAGCCAGCUACAACAGUACUGCCCCUUCUUUCGCCCAUUCUUAGACAGCGAGUACAGCUUCUUUCCGGCGCCAGCUCAGAUCCAUGGAUCCGUCUUCUUACCUAUGACACUUCAAAGGUGUCCAGACUUACCGAGAUCGCCCAAAGCGGUAACCUGGAUCCCCAUCCGGUAUCGGGCGAAGUGGAGAUAGAUUGGGAUUACGACGUCCGCAUCAAGUACAGGAGACUUGACCACGAGACACUUCAGACCCUCGUGGUGUUGGGAGAGUUCGACCUGUUCAUUCGUCUCGUGUACUGCGUCAACGACAAAGACGGUGGCGGCGACGGAUGGCGUGUGGGCGAAAUCGGUGUAGCCAGCAAUCCAUCUCCCCUCGAAUCCUUCCAGGGUCAUGCUACACUCGAUGAAGCAGAGAAGGCGUUCAAGGCCCAACAAAUCUCUGUGCCAGAAACCAAACCUGUUGCGCAAGUAUCUGUCCAAGCUGAACCGGUCGAAGAGGAUGACGACGAUGACUACUGGGGCCGAUACGAUGCCACGCCUUCCCAAACGCCCGGCCAAGGCCGCUCUCCUGCGCCGCCGUCCUUGGGCGCCGGCCUCAACACUCAAAAACCCCAACCCUUCGAGCGUAGCGCGUCCGCCGAAGAUGCGUACUUCGCCCAAUACGAAUCCGUACAGCCAGCCAUGGACCCCCAUGAUCCAGACGAGGAGGCCUUCCAGGGCGGAGCUGUUGGGGGUGGUGCACCGCUUAAUGGUCUCCCCCUUCGCAGGUCUCCGUCGCCAAGACAACAGGCAUAUGAGCCUCCUGUCAUCAAGUCCGCACCAGCGCCGCCGCCAUUGGGCCUAAACGGAGACGGCAACGGCGGUUACGUGCCAUCUCGAUCACCCUCCGAUAAGUCCGGUUCUGGCUCAAGUGGCCGGCGCAUGUCCCAGGCGGACGAGGAGAGGAUGGAAAGCCUUGCUCAUCCGCGCCCAGCCAGUAGCGCCAGCUCAAACGGAUCCCGCAUGGUGGCCAAGCUCGAAGAAACGGCGGAAGCGCAAGAUCGAGUCGAGUUUGGCGUUAAACAGCACGUCUCAAGGACGAUUCGAAGUCUAUUCCAGUUGUCGCGCGGCGCUGGCAUCAGUCGUGAAGAGUUCGAGCAGAUGGUCAGGAACGAGCUUGAUGUUCUUGCGAUGGUGGAGGAUGACGUUUAA